CUCCUCCACCACCUCCUCUCGUCAAAACCCAAAUAUUUUUCGGCUUAUUCGUUGCUCAUAGAACACAUCACCGCGACAAAAAAUAAGCCUCUCUUGUUGUCACCUCCACACGUCCAUUUGUCACCGCUGAUGAGCUUUCGUGUGCGCCAGCUGCACAAAGAAAGACCGGUCCAUAAGAGCGGCUGCCUGGUUCUGAAUUUCUAGUCGCCACAGCGGAGAGGAGCCGAUACUUCCAUGGCCAUGAAGAAGCUUGUGCUGAAGCUGGACCUGCACGAUGACAAGGAUAAGCAGAAGGCGAUCAAAGCCGUCUCCACCCUCCACGGGAUCGACAUGAUCUCCAUGGACAUGAAGGGCCAAAAGCUGACGGUGGUCGGCGACGUCGACCCGGUGGACGUCGUCGGCAAGCUCCGGAAGGGCUGGCCGUCGGCGAGCCUCCUCUCCGUGGGGCCGGCGAAGGAGGAGAAGAAGGAGGAGAAGAAGCCGGAAGAGAAGAAGGACGACAAGAAGCCAGAGCAACCCAAGCUCGUCUUCUACCCGCCGCCGCCGGCGUGGCACGCCCACGCCGCGCCGCCGUCGUACAGCUACCCGCCGCCGCAGUACGUCGUCCACAGCGCCGAGGAGGACCCCAACUCGUGCGUCAUCUGCUGAUCAUGGCGUCGUUAGCUUGUACAUUUUGCAGUUCGUCUAGCUGAUCAACCUACUCACCGGUGGUCACUGAUCGGGACCCGGACGUGGCGGUGGUUGGGUGUCGCACGCUUGCACUCCUCCCCUAUCAUUUGGCUGGUUCUCUGGCUCAGCUCGGUGACGGUGAUGAUGCGUUUGGUUUUGUGUGUAUAUGGUUGCUGCGCUUGCUUGUUGCUACUUGCUAGUACUAGACAAACAGGUGAGACAGGGAAGCUAAGCUAGCUAUGUGCAGAUAGUUUUGUGCCAUUUCUUUUUUUUUGGUGAUGAGAUGAGACAUGGGAUUAAAGAGAAAUCGUACUGUUAUAAAAGAAGCGUAUAAUUCGAUCUCAUAAA